AGCGUAUUGUCUUGUGCAUCUCUCAGGCACGUUUCCACAUGUUCCCAGGCUGCUGUUCGCUUCUUCCUCCAACUAAAGUAUCUGAAUGAGCUAUACACGUGUGUAGAUAUGAACGUGUUGCGUUUUGGGCUGAAGUAGUGUGUAAUGCUACCGAAAGAAACAGCAGGUGGAGCGCUACAAUAAUAAGAGCAUGGAUCAUUGUCUGAAGGGCACAGCUGUACUCACCACUGCCAUGUAACCCAGCAACAGGGAGACUAUGAGAAAGAAGCAGACUGCCAAACAGAGGAAGACCGAGGAGACUCCAGUUGUGCAGGAGUUUGUGGUAGAACAAAUAAUUCUCCGCAGAAUCUUUAACGGAAGAGUAGAGUACUUCCUGAAGUGGAAAGGUUUCACAGAUGCAGACAACACAUGGGAACCUGAGGACAAUCUGGACUGUCCUGAACUCAUCCAAGAGUUUCUGAGAAACACCCAUUUUUUUAAUGAGGAAGAGCAAAAUGAGCAAGAGUUCAUUCUCAAAGAAGAAAUGACAGAGCAGGAGACGGAAAUUUCAUGUAUGCAGUCUCUGCAGCAGGCUCACACUGUGCAGAGCAACAGCGAGCCAAAUGAUGAUCAGUCAGACACCCCCACUAACCUCAGCACUCACCUCGAGCCUGAAUGCAUCAUUGGUGCCGCGGACAGAAAGGGAGAGCUCAUGUUCCUCGUCAAAUGGAAGAACUCUGACGACGUGGCCCUGCUGCCGGCUCGUGAAGCCAGCACCAGGUGUCCCCAGGUGGUCAUCGACUUCUACGAGCAGAAGCUGACCUGGCACUGCGGGGACGAGGAGCAGUGAAGUGUGUCGAACUGAUAAGCAGCUGUGCUCUCACCUGAAGCUUAGUUUAACCUUCCUAACCAUCAAGUGUCCUCCUUCAGCUGACAUUCAGAGUGUGAAAUUACACUGCAGGUAGAUUUUCAGAUUCUGGCAGGUGCAAGAUCCUCAGCAGGGAUGGAUUCUCAGUCCUGUGGUGCUCAACGAGGUCUCUGUGCCUUUGUGAGGAGACUUAAACUAACCUUUGUGUGAAGAAGCUGAUUUAAAGUCAGACUAACCUGUAGCAGCUUUGUCUCGCUUAAGCAGACACAAUCACUGUGGACAUGUGUAGUUUUUACUGUUAUAUAGUGACCUAGUAUUAAAAGUUGUGUUUAGCUAUGUCUUGGUUUUUAUCUGUGUGCUUUAUAUUUUUUUAAUAGCGAAACUGUAGGCAGAGUGAACUAACUCGUAGCUUUUAGUUAAAGCUCAAGACUGUAGACCUGUUUUUUGAACGUGUAUUGUCUGAAGUGUUUAUAGCCACAACUCUAACUGUGUUUCUGUAUGACCCUUGUGUUUGAUGUCAAACAUUUAAAAAAUGUUCCCCACAAUAAAUGUCCCUGUAUUUCCAAUCAGCUGCUAAGAACCAAAUAUUUUCAUCUCUGCAUUGAAUUAUAACAAGAAUAUAAUUAGCUUUUUAAAAAACUAAAUUAUUACAAAGUGAAGUACUGGCAGAAUUACUCAGAGUAAUAUUUCUAAAGUGAAUUUUUGAGAAACAAUAACUUUUGUGCACCUAUGAUGGCUAAUGAGAUUGUUAAGUGUAACACUUUAGAAACGAGCCUGUAAAACUACACGGGUCAUUCUCUUCCAGUGACCUUACAGGUCUGUGGGUAUGUUACUGUUCCUGCUUAUGGCAGUGUCCUGACUCAACAUAUCUCCCAUGACUGUUAUCAGCUGAACCUUAAACCUCCUAAAACACACAUGCUACUGAAUUAUUGACUAACUGUUGACCAUGGAUCUGUGAAGUCUGUGAAUAAAGGAAACUUUUUUGUGAA